GUUACUGGUAGGCUUCGUGUGAGAUAGUGUCAACUACAACUGUUAGAACAAAUUAGAAUGGUUUUUAAAUAUUUAUUUUGGAAAAUUAAUAUAUAACACAUUAAUAAUCCAAAUAUAAAGUUCCUUUUUAAUCUCAGCUUAAACCAUUUACCUUGUUUAUUUAAGGACGAUGAAAUUUAAAUCAAAAAAUAUUGAACGAAAAUUUAAAAUUGUUUUAUAAUUUCUUAAUUUGGUUGGCAACUACGGAAAUUGAUGUUGUGUUAUUACCAAAUUAUUACUUAAAACUUUUUAAUACGGAAAAAUCCAGGUUCUUUUAUACUAAAACUUCUGGUUGUUUUAUAUAAUGGCUAAGGAAAUUUCUAAUACUGGAUUAUUCUUCGACGAAUUAAACAAAAUUCGUGUCCUUCAACCUGAAGUAUUUCAGCAAACGACUCAACUUAAAGAAGACUGCAAGGACUUUGUUGAAAAGAUCACAGAAUUCCACAAAUUUGCGGAUGGCUUCAUCCAGAUGGUGGACGGCCUGGCCCGGGAAGUGGAGAGCGAGACGAUGAAAGCCAUAGGUGUUCGCAACCUCCUCAAGUCCGUGACAAAGCAGCGGGAGGCAGAGCAGCAGCAGCUCCAGGCCUGCAUAACUGAGAAGGCGAUGGAGCUGGAGCGGCUGAGAGUGCAGCACCAGUCUCUGCUGAAAACUGAACAGGAGCAACAAGAACUGAUAGAACAGCUGGUUCUGAAUCGGUAACACAGUGAGUGGCCAGCGAGCACCAAGUACUUAUGUACACCUGGAUACAAAGUGCAGUAUGUAACUAUACCAGCUGAUUUGCAGUGUCCAACACCAAAUAUUUAUUUAACUGCAGGGGAAAGUUGUUAUAUUUUAUUGUAUUCUUUGAAAACUAGUUGCAAUGGAUAAAUAACUAUGGGAAAAAGAAAGGCAUCUCCAGUUCUGUGCCACAUGCAAUGUAUUCUUCCGAAAUUUGUGUAUGACUGAUUGGUUUGAGCAACUUUUUCUGUUGUACUGAAGUACAGGACAUGGAGUAAACACAACACUAGUA